CUACCUAAUCAUACCUAAACCGUCAAACUUCCCUAUAUACUGUCAACACUAUCACGCACAUUUCGGCCUCCAAUUCAACAUCCAAAUCACUCGUGUAAAAUUACAUAAUUCCACAAAAAAACUCACUCGAACAUGGAGUGUCCUCCACCCAAGAUGGACCGUGUCCAUAUAGACAUCACGACUUAUCCUACCGCUCCUCCACCUCCGCCGCCUGUAGAACAGCCGAUACCUCCCAAGCUGCUCGCCAUAAUGGCAAAAUAUCCACAGAAUUGGCGAUUAGAGCAAUUAAGCAAGCCACGAAGGUUAGUUAAGAAAUACGUACCUUUGCCCACCGAUUAUGUCAAACCCAUGAAGAAACGGCCGAGUUUGAAUGACGAAAUUAAAUUUUAUUCUGACCAGAACUCGAGGCCUAGAGUGAGGGAUCUUUACAUCAAUAGAGCACUCUACAGUAAAUUUACUAAAGGCCUUAGGAAGAAGUUCAAUAAAAAUAUUACCAAGGCGUGGGGAAGCAUUUACAAUUAUUACAAGAACAAGGAGAGACUGCGAAAAUUAAGAGAACUAAGGAGAAAACAAAAGGAUAAAAAGGGCAAAAAAAGGGUUUUAGAUCCGGCAAAAUAUGAGGCGCUGGCGAAACCUAAACCGGUAUUUUAUCCAGAGCCUAAAAAAAAAACCUCAAAAAUAUUCGACAACUACGGACAUUUGGAUGAACUGGCUGCUCCCAAACCCAGCUACUCAGAACCUCCAAAAAGUCUCGAGAUCAACCCUCACGCCCUGACGUAUGUACCCACAGAAAACGUGCUCAAAUUAGCAAAGAUACCAGCGAGGUUCCUAAACGUUCAGCCUCCAUUGGAACCUGGAAAAGUCACAAGGGCUGCCUUGAGAUACAAAAUUACACCGAAAAUCGAGGCGUUAGCGCAGCCGAAACAGCGCAGCGAAAAGUCGAAAGAAGAUGAAGAUUUGGAUCCGUGGGCAAUAUCCAAAAAUGCCCUCAAAUACAAAGCCACCCCCCGGAUCUUGGAGUUGGCAAAACCGACAGAAAGGGAGUGAAGCAAUUUAUUCUUAUUUUAUUAUAGAUAGUGUUGAAUUAAAAAAAAAAUGUAAAAUUAAGAUAAAAAUACGUAAGGCAACUUGUAAAUUUAUAUAAUAUUAAAUAAAAAGUGAUAUUUUUCCGUCCUAUAA